CGAAAUACUAUCCGGAAAGAGCAGUGGCGUGCAUUAGACAACAGCGCGUGAGAUGGGAGAUGCACUGAAUGAAAUGUUGUAAGGGAUAUUCAACGUCAAAUAUUUAUAUUUUUUUGUGCUAUUAGUUUAUUAGGAUGUCGGCGUCUGCUAUAUUCAUCCUGGACCUUAAAGGAAAGGUGUUGAUCAGUCGUAACUACAUGGGAAACAUGGACAUGAAUGAGGUCGACCACUUCAUGCCCAUUAUGAUGAGGAUGGAGGAGGACGCAGACUCAUCGCCCCUGGUGACACACGGCUCCGCCCACUUCCUGUGGAUCAAACACAGAAACCUCUACUUGGUGGCAAUGACCAAGAAGAAUGCCAAUGCAGCCCUGGUCUACUCCUUCCUCUACAAAAUGGUGGAGGUGUUUAAGGAGUACUUUAAGGAGCUGGAGGAGGAGAGUAUCCGUGACAACUUUGUGACGGUGUAUGAGCUGAUGGACGAGGUCAUGGACUUUGGCUUCCCUCAGACCACAGACAGUAAGAUCCUGCAAGAGUACAUCACCCAACAGGGUCACAAACUGGAUGUGGGCGCCCCACGCCCCCCCGCCACCGUCACCAACGCUGUGUCCUGGAGGUCGGAGGGCAUCAAGUACAGGAAGAACGAGGUGUUCAUGGACGUCAUCGAGUCCGUCAACCUACUGGUGAGUGCUACCGGCAGUGUCCUGCGUAGUGAGAUCGUGGGCAGCAUCAAGCUCAAGGUGGUCCUGUCUGGGAUGCCUGAACUCAGACUGGGCCUCAACGACAAAGUGCUCUUUGAAAUCACAGGACGAGAGAAAAGUAAGACGGUAGAGCUGGAGGAUGUCAAGUUCCAUCAAUGUGUCCGUCUGUCCCGUUUCGAGAAUGACCGCACCAUCUCCUUCAUCCCCCCCGACGGAGAGUCCGAGCUCAUGUCCUACCGCCUCAACACCACGGUGAAGCCUCUGAUAUGGAUUGAGAGUGUGAUUGAGAAGUUCUCCCACAGCCGAGUGGAGAUCAAGGUUAAGGCCAGGAGUCAGUUUAAGAGUCGCUCCACUGCCAACAAUGUGGCCAUCAUGGUACCUGUGCCCAGCGAUGCUGACUCGCCCAAGUUCAAGACGAGCACAGGCAGCUGCAAGUAUCUUCCCGAGAAGAGCGAGGUGCAGUGGAACAUCAAGUCCUUCCCUGGGGGGAAAGAGUACAUGAUGAGGGCUCACUUUGGUCUGCCUAGUGUGGAGAGUACUGAGUUGGAGGGGAGAAGGCCCAUCACUGUCAACUUUGAGAUCCCCUAUUUCACUGUAUCUGGUAUCCAGGUACGCUAUCUGAAGAUCAUUGAGAAAAGUGGCUAUGAGGCCUUACCAUGGGUACGCUAUAUAACACAGAGUGGAGAUUAUCAACUCCGGACAAACUAAGGGCGAGCCUGCUGCUCGACAAAUAGAUCGUCACUCUCUCCCUCUCUCUGGGAGAGAGGGACAACAGAGGACAAGGAAAGGGGAACAACUUUCACCACUGUCAAUUCUCAAAGGACCAUCUUGCAGACAUGAGGACCUUCAAGACUCAAUUUCCCUUCAGAACUCGACUGUUGUCACCUUCGACCUUUGCUGUGUUACAUCAUCUGGAGAAACAUGUUUUAUCUUUUUAGAAUAAUGAACCUAGUGGUUUUCUUACUGGUCACAUUGUAAACAUUUGUAUAGUUGUAUUUUCUUCUUAAAGCUGGAAGAAUUCAGGACAUUUAUGAUCUCUGAAGUGUGAAUGUUGAAACCUGUGUACAGCAUUGAUAUAAAAUGAUAUCUGGUUGGUGUGGAUGCUAGCGGUUGAUGUUAUCUUGGGGCCAGCUGUAAGCAUAUAAUCCCCACUGUGUCCAAUGAGAUGAACACCAAGAUAAUGAAUAGGCCUGUAUAAUAUCAGCAGCUGUGUAUUAUCAUAUUGUUGUAGCAGUUCCUAGACAUGUGCUUGUACUCAGCUGACGACUAUGAGGAAAAGGCUGAAGGAAUUCUCUGUGUGCAAAUUACAAUUAUGUAGUGUUUCUAACAGUCUUGUGAUACAGACACAUUUAACGCCUCGAGGAAAAGCCACGAUCAAAAUAAGUAAACCAAUAAUACAGGUGGUCCGAUAUGAAGAGAAUGUUGUUUAGAUAGGAAACAAAGUGAACAUAUCUAUGUCAAUGUGUCCCCACCAAACAUACACGCAACUUUUCCAAAGCAGCUAUUGGUUGGUAUGGUUACAGUAGUAUGUUGUGUGUGCAAUGCACCACCCCUCAUAUCAGUUCUGGUUCUCUAUGCCAGGGAAAUAGCUAUGAUUCUCUAUGCCAGGGAAAUAGCUAUGAUUCUCUAUGCCAGGGAAAUAGCUAUGAUUCUCUAUGCCAGGGAAAUAGCUAUGAUUCUCUAUGCCAGGGAAAUAGCUAUGAUUCUCUAUGCCAGGGAAAUAGCUAUGAUUCUCUCUGCCAGGGAAAUAGCUAUGAUUCUCUCUGCCAGAGCUCUGGUUUGCUGUGUGUAGGUCUACUGUAUGAAAUCCAGACCUGGUUUCAAAUACAUGUUUAUUUGAGUAUUUGUUAUUUAAAUACUAAUUUUCUGUAUAUUUGAGUAUUUUCAAAUGUGGUGAAUCAACCUUUUUUCAAAAUACUAUUUUCAAAUACCUGGAAUAGAUGCAUGGGAGUAUAUUUGAGACAGUCUAUUUGAAUAUUUUGAAAUACUUUCCAAGUGUAUUCCAAAUAUAUUCCAAUAUUCAACUACUUGUUUUUACAAAUAAAAAAUAAAUACUUACUUCCAGAUGUCUUUGAAAGUAACUGAAAUAGCCUAAAUAGUAUGUGAACCCAGGUCUGAUAAUCUCAUAUUAAACCAUCCAUAUAAAAUGGGUGAUUAUGAGGAACAGGACAAAUAUGACUACACUCGUCCAGAUAUUCUCUCCAGUGGGGUUUUUAAUGAUUGAAAACCACAAUCUAUUAAUAUCUUAUUUAUUAACCUCUGUAUGUCAAUGGGAGACAAAGGGAACUAGAUAGAAAUAAAUAAAUGACUUUGUACCUUA